AUUUCACCGAUCAAGAUUUCACUGUGGUUAAGGGCCAAGAUUUCACCGUAAUUAACUUGAAAGUUUUGCCGUGUUCAGGGUCAAGGCUUCGCCGUGCAAAAACAGCAAUUAGUAAUAGCUUAAAGCGUGAAAUUUGCGAGUAUAGCAAUAAGUUUUCGCAUGAAAUACAAUCAAAUAUCGCAAAUUAUUUUAAUCAAAAAAAUUCAAUUUUAAAUAUUGAUCGCUCAACAAUUUCAAAAAUUUUAAAAGAAAAAAAAAAAUGGUUGGUGAUUGAAAAUAACGAAACUAGCAUGACAACUUUUCGUCACAACAAAGUUAAGUUCCUAUUAUUAGAUAAGGCCAUACAACUUUGGGUUGAGCAGGUUAUAAGUGGUCAAAUAUUUUUGACAGAUUUAAUCAUUAAAGAAAAGGCUGCAUUUUUUGCCUGGGUAUUAGGCUUGCCAGAUAGUGUAUUAAAAUUUUCUAAUGGUUGGAUCUAUAAGUUCAAAAAACAGAAUAAGCUACGAAACUAUCGGUUACAUAGAGAAGCCAAUAGUGCACCAAUGGAAAUACUUCCAGAACAAAGAAUAAAAUUUCAUAGUACCACAUCAAAUGCUCUCAUCGCAACCACAAUCAGGAUAGAAAAAGAUGUGUCAGAAUCAGACAAAGAAUUAAAUAGUGAAAAAGAGGAAUUAGAAAGUGAAAAUUCGGAUAAUGAAGAUGAUCAUGCAAGCUCUUCUAGGAACUCUACUCGAUGUGGCCGUG